AUGGCUCAAAUUAUCUGUACGCGUCCGGCUCGCCAGGCCGUGGCAGCAACAGCCACAGCCAAGUCCGCCGCCUCGGUCUCUGUUCAGAACAAUCCUCAAGGCCAACGCGUUGCUACUGGUCCCUGUGCACAAACCAUCCAAAAACCACUAUCGCUUUGUCAAUCCCAAAAUCUAAGGCAGAAACAAAGCCUUGCAUUCGCCCAGAUCAUGCUACACGCUUCAUUCGGAACGCUGUUCUACCUUAGAGAAUUCUUGCCUUUAUCUUGCUUCGGAGAACGUGAUCUUCUCAACCUAAAGCGCCCGGACUCGAACGUCUCCUAUGGUGACUUUGUCGACGGCUGCUCUGGCCCUGAAGCCGAGACCGGCAAGCGUGGACAGCCACUGAAGAUAAUCUUACGGGGCCGCAACCCAAAGGCCGAUAACGUUUUGGACCUACUUGAACACGGAGUUUUUGACGCUCUGGAAAGAAAUGUGCUUGAAGCAGUUCAACUUACGGUAUUUGUUGAUAAGGAAAACCCUUCACAUGUUUUAGAAAGCUAUACUUUUUCUUUCAAUUAUACAGAGGCCGGUGUUAAUGAGCUCAAGAAGGGGCUAGAAGCAGUGUCCCUGGAGACCAAAGUGCAUACAACGGAAGUUAAAACUUUUCGAACUGCAAAACAGGGCCUAGAGAUGAUAAUCCGGAGGCUCAUCACUUUAAGCACUUUUCUCCCCAUUCUACCAAACAAGCGGUUUCUAGAAGUUCAUCUUUUUUAUACUGAAAACUGCCCUCUGCAGUAUGAGCCUCAUGGGUUUAAACCUACAAAACAUGGUCAGAUAUUAUAUCCCAAAGAUGAAACUUGGAAGAAAGAAACACAAUCAUGUGGUAUAAUGGAUGCUGGCUGCCACAGAGUCGGACUUAAAGUCACCUCUCUUAAAUAUACUCGUGAAGACGAGAACGACGAGGAAGUGGGAACAAGACAGGUUCCAGAUACCCUUGAAUAUUCAGAGAUAGUAAAUCGUGAGAGCGAAAUUGGGCUAGAAAAUGAAGAGCCUUCUUCUCAAGCCUUGGCCCUAGCCUCCGACGAAAGAAGUUCACAAGAGUCAAUAGAAGUACCGGAAUCAACGCAAACGAGACAGGAUGCCAUUACGAAGGGAAUGUUACAACAGAUGAUACCAACUCCAGACAGCGAAUUAAUACCAACCCAAGUGGAAUCUUAUUUGAAUUCCAACCUCUCAAAGUCGGCUCCAAGUGCUAAGCCCUGUCUGAGCCAGAUACAGACAUCAAAAAUUAAGGAGAGAAUAAUUAUUUCCCAAACAACCCAAAUUGCAGGUGAUAUGGAUCCUAAAAGUGGCAGGGGUGAGGUAAAUUGCCAAUGCGGCUGGCAUGAGCCAGAGUCACACAUGCUUGAAUGCGAUUUCUGCCAUACCAGACAACAUUUGACAUGUUAUGGAUUCUUACACCCCAAUGACGAGAAAAUUCCUACCACCCAUGCAUGCUAUAAGUGCCUUUUGGGGUCGAAUGAAAGCAAAGUCUUCAGGCAAAUUGAAACUCUUGUGUUGCUCCGACAAGCGCUCAAAAUAAUUAUUGAAGAUGGCUACCCAAGUCGAGUUAAAGAAUUUUCCCAAAAGCUGCACUGCAGUGGAAACGAGGUUGUGCAGAUUACGGACCUACUUAGAAAGAAUGGCUUCCUCCAGCCAACUCCUGGGUCGAAAAGUAGGGGGUUUGCGGAAAAGGGUCUUCCCAGAUUCCGAGUCCCAGGCUCGGAGGAGAUUAAACAUCGCCUGAGGAACGAGAUCUUCAACCCUUUGGCCAAAAUAUCACACCACUAUACGAUACCGUCAACUCUAGAUCAUCAGCAAAGUGGCGUCUAUCCUGUUGCAGUUCCCACGACCCACAGGGCUUUGAGUACAAAGGCAGGAAAAAUGGCAAGUAGCCACACUGACCUACAGCACAAAAGAGUGGCGAGUAUCCAGACCAUUCCAAAUUCAGAACCAAUUGUUAUCAGCGAAGAUGAGGAUGACAACAUCACCGUGCCUCAUGCGGCCCCAAGAGUGGCUCCUUCGAACUGCCAGCGCAUAUCGCCUAUGGCAAAUGGGGGCCGGACCGAGCGUGAUAAUGCUGCCACUACUAGCCCUCCGUCAUCUCCUCCGCAUUCUCAAUACUCACUUGCAUCCCGUGCCCAAGACGAGCUAAGAAGAGGCCUGAGAUAUGGCGGGGGAAAUGGCCGGCCACUUGUUGAUGCCGACUCGCAGGUUGCUUCUGUUGAUAAAUCUGCAAAGCAAUUGCCAUAUAAACGGCGUAAACUUAGCAAUGCGGCCCAUCCCAUUGACAUCGGCGAUUCUGCGGCCGAAGAGAGUUGUUGA